AUGGAUCGACUGGAGGAGAACCCCAAUGCCUUUCUCAGAUCUAAACAUAUCAAUUAUUUUAAAAGGACCUUGAAUGUACUACCACCAGAAUGCGAAAAGUUGGAUCCUACCCGUCUAAGCUUGGUAUUUUUUGCUCUCUCUGGACUGGACGUGUUGAACGCCAUAGAUACUAUUUCACAAUCACUUAAAGAGGAUAUUAUUGAAUGGAUUUAUAGUUUACAAGUUUCUCCCAAUAGCAAAGGAAGCAAUUUAUUGCAAUGUGGAUUUAGGGGAUCGACAGAUAUUCAUAUGGAGGAUAAUAUGCCAUUCUAUAAUGGUCAUAUAGCGAUGACCUAUGUCGCUUUAAAUUGCUUACUUAUUUUGGGGGAUGAUCUAUCUAGAGUUAAUAAAGAUGGUAUAGCGAGCGGAUUAAAAGCCUUGCAGCUAGACAAUGGCUGCUUUGCUGCUACCCUAAAUGGCAGUGAAGACGAUAUGAGAUUUAUUUAUUGUGCUUGCUGUGUAUCGUACAUGAUUAACGAUUGGAGAGGUGUUAAUAAAGAUAAAGCUGUUGGCUAUAUCUUAUCGAGCAUUACUUAUGAUGGAGGUAUUAGUCAAGGUCCUGAAUUGGAAUCUCACGCUGGUUCUACAUUUUGUGCUGUUGCAUCUUUACAAUUAAUGGACUGUUUAGAUACUUACUUAGCAGACAAGAAGAAGGAAAUGUUAAAACGCUGGCUGGUCAAUAGACAAAUUAACGGAUUUCAAGGCAGGCCUAACAAGUUACAAGAUACAUGCUAUUCGUUUUGGGUUGGAGCAGCACUAAAGAUUUUAGAUGCAUACGAUUAUAUUGAUUUUGAAUGUCAACGGCAGUAUCUAUUAUCCACUCAAUCUCAAUAUACAGGAGGCUUCAGCAAAUGGAUAGAUACACUUCCUGAUCCAUUACAUUCGUAUUUUGGAAUUUGUGGAUUAUCCUUAGCGCGCAAUUUUGAUCUAUUAGAAAUUCAUCCCGCUCUCAACAUUACAAUACGGGCUUACCAGCAUCUACGAAUGAUAUUGGAUUCUAGCUAA